GGCCGUAAAACCCACUUCCGCCAUUGAAAUCAUGGUAAAAACUAGGAGUAAUAAAUCAAACACCGACGAAAAUCUGAAGACCUCAAGAAGCAGAGAUGCUAACAAAAUCUCAAAAUAUUCACAAAACCAACCAUUCAUUCUCGGAAGUGACGAUGCCUGUUAUGAGACUACGGAAUGUGACGCCUAGCAGUAGCUGAGAUGGGAAAUUUUGUUGUUAUGGAUAGAGAGUUGACUCAGCUCCAAAAGGACCAGAUGGAGGCCAUUCUCGGGCAUGAGUCUGAGCCAUUUGAAACCUUUAUUUCCGAUCACAUAGAGAGCUCCAAGGAAAAAGAUUCGGAGGCUAAGUCAAUGUUCAAGAUGAUGAAGCAGAACGAUCCUGACUCCUUUGCUCUUAAGCUUGCUGAGUUUCUUGGCCCUUCCCACGACCUUUAUUACCGUGAAGAGUGUGCUGUUCUCCUCAACAAGUUGCUUACUGAUGACAAUGAUGACGACUUAUGCACUUGGCGCAAUCUAAGUCUCUCCACUCAAUCCACCAUCAAAUGUAUAAUCCUUAAUCGUAUGAGCCUGGAAGAAUCAGAAUUCAUCAUGCUAGAGCUCAGUAACACCGUUUCGAAGCUGGCUGCUUCACUUCUCCCAAAUAACAAAUGGCCUGAAUUAUUUCCCUUCUUGUAUCAAUGCCUCACUGAUGAUUCAACUUCAAACAAUUACUUAAAAUUUUGUUCUUUCUUAGUAUUUGGGAUGCUAGCUGACGACAUAGGCGAAACAAUAGUCCCUUGCAUAAAGAAUUUGCACCCACUAUUCCUUAAUACACUGAAUGAUGAUACCCUCUUUCUCAACGUGAGGAUCGCUGCCACAAGAACUGUGAUCAGCUUCAUUCAGUGUGUACCGGCCAAUUCAAAUGAGAAUGAGCGGUUUCAAGAUCUAUUGCCAUGUAUGAUGAGGACAUUGACUGAUGGGUUGAGCAUAGGUGAUCAGGAGGAUCUAGCACGGUAUGUGCUGGAUUUUUUUAUUGAGUUGGCGAAGAAUGAGCCUAGGUUCUUUAGGCGGCAACUAGUGGUUGUUGUGGGUUCAGUAUUGGAUAUAGCAGAGGACGAGAAAUUGCAAGAGGGGACAAGGCGCUUGGCAGUUGAAUUUUUGAUAACAUUGGUUGAGGCUAGGGAGAGGACACCUGGGAUGAUGAAGAAGUUACCGUUGUUUAUUAGCAGAUGUUUUACAAUGUUACUGAAUUUAUUACUAGAUAUUAAGGAUGACCCCGCUUGGCAUAAUGCCAAGGAUGUGGAUGAUGAUACAGGGACUACAAGUAACUACCAUGUUGGUAAGAAGUGUUUAGAGCGGUUUUCUAUUGCAUUAGGAGGUAAGUCUAUUAGUUAUAUUGCUAUAGAGCAGCUGUGUGCUUAUGCGGCUGCCCCAGAGUGGAAGAAGCGCCAUGCAGCCCUCUUUGCACUUGCUCAGAUUGCUGAAGGUUGCUCAAAGCUGGUGAUGAUUAAGAAUCUGGAGCAACUAGUGAAUAUGGUUCUUAAUUGUCUCCAAGAUCCUCAUCCUCGAGUCAGAUUGGCUGCUUGCCAAGCAAUUGCCCGGUUGUCGAAAUUCUUCUGUCCAAAUUUUCAAGAACAAUACCAUAACCAAGUAGUUCCUGCAUUAACUGCAGCUGUUGAUGAUAAACAUCAACGAGUGCAGGCAUAUGCCGCGGGAGCUCUCUCAGCUUUCUAUGGGUCUGACAAACCAGAAACUUUGAUACCUUACCUAGAUGGAAUAGUUAACAAACUGCUUAUACUUCUACAGAAUGGUGAACAAAUGGUCCAAGAAGAAGCAUUAUGGGCAUUGUCUCGUAUAGCUCAAUGUGUUGGGGAGCACUUCCGGACCUAUUAUGAUACUGUUAUGCCACACUUGAAAGCUGUAUCAAUAAAGACAGAUCUUAAUCUCAUUCUUCGUGCCAGAGCAAUGGAGUGCAUAAGCUUUGUUGGGUUUGCUGGUGGGAAGGAGAAAUUUAGAGAAGACGCAGAGCAGGUUAUGGAAGUGCUUAUAUCAUUACAAGGAUUACAAACAAAUAGGGAUGAUCCUCCUACUAAGUACUUGCUAAUAGCAUGUACUAGAAUUUGCAAUUGCCUGGAACAGGAUUUUCUUCCUUAUAUGAGUGCAGUCAUGCCGUUUAUGAUUCAUUGUGCUCAACUUGAACCCGAUAUGACUAUCUUUGCGGGGUUGGUCCUGCGCAGCUACGCUCUGACAUUAGAGGAAGACUUCUACCCAUGGAUUCCCCAGGUUGUUUCAGUCUUUGUUCCACUUUUGAAAUUCUAUUACCACAAUGAAGUCAGGAAUCAGGCUGCUAAAGCCAUGGCCCUCCUGUUGCAUUCUGCUAAAUUGGCUGUUGAGAAAGGGAUUGCUCAAGAUGGAAGUGAGUCAUAUUUCACAAAGUUGUCAGGCCAUAUAAUACUGUCUAUGGUAGAAGCUUUGCAUGAGGAGCCUAUGACAGAAAUAUGUGCAGUCAUGUUGGAUGAAUUGUAUAGGUGCCUGCAGAUCUGUGGCGCACUUCUCAAUGAAAGUCAGCUUCGCCGGAUUGUGGAUGAGCUAAAGCAUGUCAUUACAGAAAGUUCAAAUAGAAAAGGAAAACUCGCAGAGAGAGCAAAAACAGAAGAUUUUGAUGCUGAGGAAGCUGAAUUGCUGAAGGGUGAAAAAAUGCAAGAAGAUCUAAUUUUCUCCCAUGUUGGUGCAAUAUUGGAUACAUUGAUAAAAAACUUCAAGGCUGCUUCCUUGCAUUUCUUUGACGAGCUGUCGUCAUAUCUUUUUCCUAUGUGGGGCAAAGAUAUAACAGCUCAAGAGAGACGUACAUCAAUUUUUAUCUUUGAUGGUCUUGUCGAGGAGUGCCCUGAAGCGGCUCUAAAGUACUGUGAUGUAUUUCUACCUUUGUUCUUGGAUGCAAGCAAUGACGAAUGCCCGGCUGUUAGACAGUGUGCUCUUUAUGGACUCGGGCUUUAUGCGGAAUAUGGUGGUUCUGUUUUCAAACCUUUUGUUAGAGAGACUACUUCAAGGAUCAAUGUAGUGAUAAUGCAUUUUCGGGCUCGUGAACUUGAGAAUGAACAUGCAUAUGAUAAUGCUGUUUCUGCACUUGGUAAGAUAUGUCAGUUUCACCGGGAAAAUAUUGACUCAGCCCAGAUUAUUCCGAUUUGGUUGAACUGCCUGCCUAUAAAGCGUGACUUGCAUGAAGCCAAAUAUGUUCAUGACGAGCUAUGUUUGAUGGUUGAAAGAUCAGACGAAGAACUUUUGGGUCACAACUAUCUACACCUUCCAAAAGUUAUUUCAGUUUUUGCAGAGAUUAUAUGUGCUGGAGAGGAUCUUGCUACCGAAGAAACUGCAAAACGCAUGAUUAAUCUUUUGAGGCAUUAUCAGAAAACACUACCACCAGUCACCUGGGCAUCAGCAUGGUCAUUGCUAUUGCCUCAACAGGAGAUGUUACUGGAAUCCUUUUUGUCACCUGUGGAAGAUGUUAACUUGUAACCAAUGCACUGAACCGACUAGUCUUGUGAACUUGUGGGAAUCAAAAACAUUUUUAUGCUCAAUUUUUUUACACAAAUAUUUCAUUCUUUUGCGGAGUGAGGUCUUAUCCGGCCUAUCUAUGUGUGAUACAGCUCAAAGUUGGUCAAAUGUAUAAGGAUAACAACACUAGUCAUUUUGUUCAUGUACUUUUUUGUUGUCAAAAGUACUUUUUAUUGCGUCAACUCA